GGAGUAGGACCGGCAGCAAGCCGCUGGCGGCCACAGCGGCACCCACAGCCCAUGGAGCUCUCGACUGUUCUCCUGCUGCUAGGCCUCUGCUCCGCUGGCCUUGUUCUGGGCUCCGAACAUGAGACGCGUCUGGUGGCAAAGCUCUUUGAAGACUACAGCAGUGUAGUCCGGCCAGUGGAGGACCACCGUGAGAUUGUACAAGUCACCGUGGGUCUACAGCUGAUCCAGCUUAUCAAUGUGGAUGAAGUAAAUCAGAUUGUGACAACCAAUGUACGUCUGAAACAGCAAUGGGUCGAUUACAACUUGAAAUGGAAUCCAGAUGACUAUGGAGGAGUGAAAAAAAUUCACAUCCCCUCGGAAAAGAUCUGGCGGCCGGACGUCGUUCUCUAUAACAACGCAGACGGCGACUUUGCCAUUGUCAAAUUCACCAAGGUGCUCCUGGACUACACCGGCCACAUCACCUGGACACCGCCAGCCAUCUUUAAAAGCUACUGUGAGAUCAUUGUCACUCACUUUCCCUUCGAUGAGCAGAACUGCAGCAUGAAGCUGGGCACCUGGACCUAUGACGGCUCUGUGGUGGCCAUUAACCCGGAAAGUGACCAGCCCGACCUGAGUAACUUCAUGGAGAGCGGGGAGUGGGUGAUCAAGGAAGCUCGGGGCUGGAAGCACUGGGUGUUCUACUCCUGCUGCCCCACCACUCCCUACCUGGACAUCACCUACCACUUCGUCAUGCAGCGCCUGCCCCUCUACUUCAUUGUCAACGUCAUCAUUCCCUGCCUGCUCUUCUCCUUCUUAACCAGCCUGGUGUUCUACCUGCCCACAGACUCAGGGGAGAAGAUGACGCUGAGCAUCUCUGUCUUACUGUCCCUGACCGUGUUCCUUCUGGUCAUUGUGGAGCUAAUCCCUUCCACCUCCAGCGCUGUGCCCCUGAUCGGGAAGUAUAUGUUGUUCACCAUGGUCUUUGUCAUUGCGUCCAUCAUCAUCACCGUCAUCGUCAUCAACACACACCACCGUUCGCCCAGCACCCACAUCAUGCCCGAGUGGGUGCGGAAGGUUUUUAUCGACACUAUCCCAAACAUCAUGUUUUUCUCCACAAUGAAAAGACCAUCCAGAGAUAAACAAGAGAAAAGGAUUUUUACAGAAGACAUAGAUAUAUCUGACAUCUCUGGGAAGCCGGGUCCUCCACCUAUGGGCUUUCACUCUCCGCUGAUCAAGCACCCUGAGGUGAAAAGCGCCAUCGAGGGCGUGAAGUACAUUGCAGAGACCAUGAAGUCAGACCAGGAGUCCAAUAACGCCGCUGAGGAAUGGAAGUAUGUUGCCAUGGUGAUGGAUCACAUCCUCCUCGGAGUCUUUAUGCUGGUGUGUCUCAUCGGGACGCUGGCUGUGUUUGCAGGUCGGCUCAUUGAGUUACAUCAACAAGGAUGAGCAGAGGCUGAGCUAAGCCUACCUCUGUCCCAGCCAUAGCCAUCGCUAGGAAAGAUGGAAGAGAGGAAGGUCUGUCUCCUUGAAUCCUUUCACACUUACCAAACAUGCAGUGUUCUACAUGUCCUACAUGUUAAUGAGAGUGAUCUCUGCUCACACGGCUGUAUUCUUGAAGUGUCUCCCCUUUGCUUCUGCUUUUAACACUAUGGGCCUCCUUAAAGGGCGAACCCUUUGAAGUAAAUAAAAGUGAGCCCUCAAAAGAAGUGUUUGCUUCUAAAUGGCCCCUGGGAGAGUUUUGCUUGGAUACUCAAGGUUUUCUGUUUGUAUUGCCAUGGCUAGUUGUUUUUGUUUUCUUUCCUUUAAUAAAUAUAAUUGUACUUAUAUGAGUGAUCCGCCUACGUGUAUGUCUCACAUACACGCCUAGUGUCCAUGAAGGUCAGAAGAAGGUAUCCCAUCUCCUAGAACUGGAACUACAAAUGGUUGUGAGCGUCCACAUGGAACCUGGGAAUCAGGCCCUCUGGAAGAGCACCCAGUGUUCUUAACCACUGAACCACCCACCUAUCGGGCUCAGUUAAUUUUUAUUUUUAAAGUGCUGAGAGUCCCUUACUUAAGACACACGGUUUCAUACCUACUAGAAAAGUCGUGUCUACCAGAUUCCCCAGAUUUGAUGUGGACACAAAGGAAGUGGUAGAAAGGAAAUUAGGUAACUUUAAACUUAAAAAAAAAUUGUGUGUGUGUGUGUGUGUGUGUGUGUGUGUGUGUGUACAUACUCGCACACAUUGAUGAAAUUGGGGGACAACUUUUAGGAGUUAGUUCUCAUCUUUUAUCUCAUUUGAGGCAAAGUAUCUUGUGAUUUCUGCCGCUGUGUUACAUUCUCAUGUAAAGCUUCCUGGGGCAUUUUCCUUUCUAUACUUCUCGGCCCAUGAACAGAGUGCAGGGAUUCCAGAUGCAUGCCGCCAUCUCCAGCUUUUCAUAGGUCCUAGGAUAGAAUUUAGGUCGUUAGGUUUGUCCAGCAAAAAACUACUUUUACCUGCUUAAUCCAUUUCACUGGCCCAAAGGUAAUUUUAGGGCGAUCACAUACAAAUAGUAUCAAAACCUCAUGGUUUAAAGUAGACUUCUGAAACCAGGAGAGGGAGAAUGCUUUCUUAAGUGAUUUCUGUUUGAGAGGCCUUCUUGAAAGGGCGCUUGGGAUUCCUUGGGAUUGUACCUAGAGCUUUGCACACAGAGCUAUAACUGAGCCUCAGCUCUCCCAACUUAACGGAGCCCCUGGAUUUUGUUCUCAGGACCCGAGGAAGGGCAGAUCCCAUCCUCAUCAAGGGUGUGCCUCUGACCCCAUGAGAAUCGUCUCGCCCGCAUGGGUUUAUUUUAUCCAAAUUGUUUUACACAGUCUCCAUAAUGUCCCUAAUUUACAAAUGGAAAAAAAAAUUUUUGGGGAAAGUUAAACUCUGCUCCAUCUAGAAGUAGAAGAACUGAGAUCUGAACCCAGACAGAACUUAAGAUUCUAAAACAGGGGCUGGAGAGAUGGCUCUAUGGUUAAGAUCAUUCCCAGCAACCACAGGGUGCAUGGUGGCUCACAACCAUCUACAGUGGGAUCUGAUGCCCUCUGCUGGUGUGCAGGUGUGCAUAUACAAAGCACUCACACAUAAAUACAUAAACAAACAAACAAAUAUUUUUUAAAGAUUUAUUUAUUUAUUAUAUGUAAAUACACUGUAGCUGUCUUCAGACACUCCAGAAGAGGGCAUCAGAUCUUGUUACAGAUGGUUGUGAGCCACCAUGUGGUUGCUGGGAUUUGAACUCUGGACCUUCAGAAGAACAGUCGGGUGCUCUUACCCACUGAGCCAUCUCACCAGCCCCAAAUAUUUUUUUUAAAAGUCAAAAAGAAAAGGGAUUCUAAACCGACUUGCAGCUGAUGGGGUCACCUGCUCCCUGCUCUCCCAGCAUGCCUGGCGUGAUCUAAGUAGUUCUGGUCUGUGUUGGUGGGGACUCUGUGAUAUCCUAUUUCCUGCCUUCUCAAUUAAAACCCCUGGCUUUUCCUUCAGUCCUUGGACGCAAUCAUGUUUGGAGUUCAGGCCCUAUGAAUGGAACCAGAAACGUAUGCACACACCAUCACCAUUUCUGAAAUCUGAAAAAUAAAUUCUCUGUGCCAAACUCUAGGCUCUAGUACAAUUUACCCAGACCAAGAAGCCGUGUGGCUCUGGACGCAGAAAAGGCCUUUGAAUCACAAACACAUCUGAUCCGUCAUCUCCAGGGAGAGCUAUAAACUGCAUAACCAGGAGGCCAGUGCGAGCCCAGGUGGCUUCAAUCUCCUGAGGGACUUCCCAUCACCCCUGCACCAGUGCUGGGCUCUUUCAUCUCAAAUAGUUUGCACUUUAAAGUGGAAACAAUUGGCAGUUUCUCAGAAAGUCACACUCGGGUCACCAAGUCACUCAGCAGUCCCAUUCCCAGGUAGAGAGCCAAAGAAAUCGAAAGAAAGACUUACACAAUUUGUAUGAGAACGCGCACAGAAGGCAAGAGCCAGAGAAAGCGGUCUAGGCUCCAACCCACAGACGACAAGCAAAAGGGAUGUGGAGAAUGGGUUUUGGGGUGUAUGUGUGUAGGCCUGGGGGGCCAUCGCCUUUUUGUUUUGUUGUUGUUUUUGAGAUAGAGUUUCUCACUGGCCUGGAACUUGCCAAGUAGUUUAGGCUGGCUAGGCAGGCCAUUCCGAGAUCUGCCUGUCUCCUCUUUCUGCAAACAAUUUAGUUGGCAUGGGUUCUGGGGCUCUUACUCAGAUCUAAAAACAAGCAUUUUGUCAGUUGAUCUAAUUCUUUAGCUUUUUCUACUCACGACCACUUUUUGCUUGAGAAAUGUUAUGUAGAAAUAUAAAAUAUGUAUAAAAAUAAAUAACAAAGAAAUUUAAUU